CUUCAGAAACAUGGACGGACUGACGGUGAAGUCUAGGCCCUAGCCCCUAGGGCCGCGGCGCGCGCCCAUUGUUAAACCCGAUCGUAUCCAAUCCAGUAAGGUAAAACCGAAAUCCCUUCAGAAUCUCUCCCGGUACUGUAGAGUGUAGACUAGAGAGUCAUCGAGGAAGCUACUAGAAGAAGUAAAAUCCAACCUAGUCGGCCGGUCUCCCUUCCUUCAUUCCACCAUCUUCUUCCCUACACUUUCCCACUUCCCACUCCAAAACCAUCGAGGAAAUUCCCUCCAUCUCCGAUCUUUCAAUCCCCAUCCUUCCCUUUGUAAACCUAAUCCGUAACUCCAAGCUCGCGCAAUGGACGCCGUCAAACUCAAGGAGCUGAAGAACUUCGUCGAGCUCUGCAAGUCCAAUCCCUCCGUUCUCACCGAUCCCACCCUCGCCUUCUUCCGCGACUACCUCGAGAGUCUCGGUGCUAAACUACCUCCCGCUGCUUACUCCGGAUCGGUAAGCCCGAAGUUUAAGAGUCAUGUAGACGAGGAGAGCGACGAGGAGAUUCCGGAGAAGGAAUCGCCGUCGGUUGAAGAACCGGAGGAGGAAGAAGAGGAGGAUGAGAUAAUUGAGUCCGAUGUCGAGCUGGAAGGCGAGACUGUUGAGCCUGACAAUGAUCCUCCGCAAAAGAUGGGAGAUUCGUCGGUAGAGGUCACUGAGGAAAGCCGUGAUGCUUCACAGGAGGCUAAGGCCAAAGCCAUGGAAGCUAUCUCGGAAGGUAAAUUAGAAGAAGCUGUUGAGCAUUUGACCGAAGCUAUCCUGCUCAAUCCGCUCUCUGCUAUAAUGUACGGGACUAGAGCCACUGUUUAUAUCAAGAUGAAGAAACCCAAUGCUGCUAUUAGGGAUGCCAAUGCUGCUCUUGAGAUAAAUGCAGACUCCGCUAAGGGAUACAAAGCUCGUGGCAUGGCACGCUCGUUGCUUGGUCAGUGGGAGGAGGCUGCUAAGGAUCUUCACGUUGCGUCUAAGUUGGAUUAUGAUGAGGAGAUAAGUGCGGUUCUUAAGAAGGUUGAACCCAAUGCACACAAGCUUGAGGAGCACCGUAGGAAGUAUGAUAGGUUGCGGAAAGAGAGAGAGGAUAGAAAGGCUGAGAAGGAUAGGCAACGCCGCCGUGCUAAAGCUCAAGCCGAAUAUGAGAAGGCUAAGAAGCAAGAGCAAUCAUCUUCCAGUGGAAGAUCCGGUGGAAUGCCUGGAGGGUUUCCAGGAGGAAUGCCUGGAGGUUUCCCAGGAGGCAUGCCUGGGUUUCCGGGAGCAGGGGGUAUGCCUGGAGGGUUUCCAGGAGCAGGAGGUAUGCCUGGAGGGUUUCCGGGAGCAGGAGGUAUGCCUGGAGGGUUUCCUGGAGCUGGUGGCAUGCCAGGUGGCUUUCCUGGUGGCAUGCCAGGUGGAGCGCCUGGAAAUGUUGAUUUCAGCAAAAUACUGAAUCUGUUAAUUGUAUACAAUGAUUGGCAGGACCCUGACAUGAUGGCUGCAUUUAGCGAUCCAGAGAUUAUGGCUGCUCUUCAAGAUGUUAUGAAGAACCCUGCCAACCUUGCGAAGCACCAGUCUAAUCCGAAGGUCGCUCCGGUAAUUGCAAAAAUGAUGAGCAAAUUUGCUGGACCGAAGUGAACAAUUCUUGUUCCGACUUUCUUCAUCGUCGUCCUGGUUUCAGAUCAUACCUCAAGUCCUCUGUGAUGAGCCCAUGAGGUCUCUGUUUUUGGGAAAGUUUGUAUUGCAUCUGUACAUGGAAUUAUGGAAACAUCUCCCGUAUCUUGAGAGUUCUGGUUGGCAGUCUGUCCAUCUUACAGUGAACGAUGAAUUAGAUCGAAUUGGCUAUAGUUUCCGUUUGCAGCCCUUAGAAAUGUGACUCUUGCUCGUUUCUUCAAUUUUCUUGGCGACAGAAUGAGAAAGCCAAUUCACAGAGUCCUUGCUGGUAAAAGAUUACAGGGAGUUUUCAUAUGCUGAUAUGGCAGCUGGAAACUGCAUGCAACUUUCCUUCCCAUGUAAGGACUGUGUUGUUUGGCGGCGUUUCUAAGUUUGAUGUGAAGAGGCAACAGUUCCUUCCUUGGGCGGUUGCUUGUUUUUCUCCUUCAUUUGUUUGUUUGUUACAAUGCUGAAACUUUGAAGCACGGUAACAAAAGAAAACAACGGAUCAGCAGCGAUUGGGCGGUUUUAUAUGGACCAAUGAGAUGUCCUUUUUGCUUCAGAGGACCUCUCCUAGGAGGCUAGGACCAACCCCACAUGCUUUCUUUAUUAGUCCUUUGCUUCAACGCUCUUCAACUAUUACAGAGCACACAUGCUCCACUUUCUGGACAGAUUACAAGAGAAUCUGUUGAAGCUGGGUAGUCCACGAG